AUGGUCAGCGCCCCUCUGGUUGGCUUCCUCCUGCUUUCCUUCAAUGGACUCCGCCAGCUACACUUCGAGUGCAGCAACUGCAUCAAGAUCGAUGUCGAUGGCAUCAUCAACCAUGGAGAGACACUCACGGAUCUGCUCGUCGUCAGCAUCGUCAACCACGGAGAGACACUCACGGAUCUAAUCGUCGUCAACGGAAAUAUCCACCAUCCACCGGCAAGAUGCCACCCGGUGAGCCUAUCAGCAACCUGCAUACAGGCCCCAGACCUCACCAGCCUCGGAAAGACCACUUCGAGUGCAGCAACUGCAUCAAGAUCGAUGUCGAUGGCAUCAUCAACCACAGAGAGACUCCCACGGAUCUGCUCAUCGCCAACGGAGGUAUCCACCGGCAAAACGCCGCGGCAUCAUCAACCACGGAGAGACGCUCACGGAUCUGCUCGUCGCCAACGGAGGUAUCCACCGGCAAACGAUGAUAGAAGCUGA